AUGGUGCGAAAAUUAAAAUUUCAUGAGCAGAAGUUGCUUAAAAAAGUAGAUUUUAUAUCAUGGAAAGUAGACAACAAUAUAAGUGAAGUGAAGGUGAUGAAAAAAUUUUAUAUACAGAAACGAGAAGACUAUACAAAAUAUAAUAAGCUGUCCAGAGAAAUUAGAGAUAUUGCAAAUAAAAUUAAAGAUUUAGAUGCCAACACAGAAUUCAGAACAGAAUCUAGUGCACAGUUAUUGGAAAAGUUAUAUCAAAUGGGACUAAUACCAACAAGAUGGGAUUUAGCACUUGCCACUAAUGUCUCUGCCAGCUCCUUCUGCCGAAGAAGGUUACCUGUAGUAAUGGUACGAAAUAAAAUGUCAGAGAAUUUAAAGGAAGCAACAAAAUUUAUAGAACAAGGCCACGUGAGGGUAGGACCUGAAGUAGUGAAAGACCCUGCCUUUCUUGUUACACGCGCUCUGGAAGACCUAGUGACAUGGGUAGAUGGUUCUAAAAUCAGAAAGCAUGUCAUGGAAUAUAAUGAGAUGAGAGAUGAUUUUGAUAUGCUGUAA